AUGCGCGGCAGGAUGGCGUCAGGACUCCUGUCCGGGAUGGCUGUGUUCCUCCUGGUGCUCCUGCAGGGCACACAGUCAGUCUACAUUCAGUACCAAGGCUUCCAGGUCCAGCUGGAAUCAGUGAAGAAGCUGAGUAACCUGGAGCAGCAGUGGCUGCCUAACCCCCGCCUCCAGGCCCAGAGCCUCGUGCCCUCCGUGUGUCACCACCCGGCCCUGCCACAGGACCUCCAGCCCAUCUGUGCAUCCAGGGAAGCUGCCAGCGUCUUCCAGGCUUUGAGGACCAUGGCUAAUGACGACUGUGAGCUGUGUGUGAAUGUCGCCUGUACCGGCUGCCUCUGAGAUGGCUGGGCGCCCUGAGCCCACCCCGGACACUUUGUCCC